AUGUCCAUCCCAAAAACACAAGUUGCUUACGGUUAUGUCCCCGGCAAGAAGACGAUUCAAUGUUUCCCCAACCACCCAGUGCAGACCCCAGGAGAUAACCAGGUUUUGUUGAAGAUCGAGGCUGCUGGUAUGUGCCAUAGCGACCACAACAUCCUCCUUUCUGGCCCUCUUGCAGGCGGUAAAGGUGAACCUAAGAUGGUAAUGGGUCAUGAGAUUGCUGGCCAGAUUGUCCAAGUCGGAAAGAACCUCGAAAAAUCCGAUAUCUACGAAAUCGGUGGCCGCUUCGCUGUGACGAUCGCCAAAGCAUGUGGAGAGUGUGAGAUGUGCCGGGGAGGUGUAGAUAACGCUUGUGGAAAUUCUGUAAUGGCCUACGGAUUGAAUUGCGACGGAGGGUUCCAGCAAUACUUGUUGAUCGACAACUUGAGAACGUUAUUGCCUAUUCCAGAAGGCAUGAGCUACGAGGACGCUGCUGUUUCUACUGAUGCCGUCUUGACUCCCUUCCAUGCAAUUCAGAAAGUCAGAGACUUGCUCCAUCCCACCACGAAAGUGUUGGUCCAGGGCUUGGGUGGUCUUGGUUUGAAUGCUGUCCAGAUCUUGAAGAGCUACAACUGCAAUAUCGUCGCCUGCGACAUCAAGGAAGAAAGUAGAGAAUUGGCCAAGGGCCUUGGAGCAGCGGAAACCUACGCCAACAUCGGGGACUCCAGUCAUUCAAUAGAGAGCUUUGACCUCUGUUUUGACUUUGUCGGUAUUGACAUCACCUUUAAGAACAGUCAGAGCUACGUAAAAAACCAUGGAAAGAUCGUAAUGGUGGGCUUGGGAAGGUACAAGUUGAGCACUUUGAACUUCGAGCUCGCAAGAAGAGAUGUCGAGAUUAUCUUCAAUUUCGGAGGCACUUCUUUGGAGCAAAUUGAGUGUAUGAAGUGGAUCUCCUUGGGCAGAAUCAAGCCUGUAGCCCAGGUUGUGGACAUGGAACAGUUGCCUAACUACAUGGAGAAGUUGGCCAACAACGCUAUCAAGGGAAGAAUGGUUUUCAGACCCAAUUUCAGAAAAUCCAAUUUGUAG